CACCAAUACAGACGAAGAUGGAGGAGGACAGGGCAGCUACGAAUCUGGGGCCAGACGUGGAGGGAGAUAUGAAUGAAGAGGAGAAGAUAGUCCAGAAGCAGCCAAAGAGGAGGUUCGUGGGCAGGAAGACGGCGGAGAAGGCUGUUGGGCAGGCGGAGCCAAAUGCGAAUAUCGAGGAUAGCAGUGCUAUACAAGUUGCCCAACCUCGAAGAACAGCCCGCGCUCUAAACAAUAUCCCCCCAUCCAUUCUAAACGACCCCGACGUCAACGAUGCCAUAUCUCUCCUCCCUCCCAACUACAACUUCGAAAUACACAAGACAAUACACAGAAUUCAAACUAGCGGAGCCAAAAAUAUUGCCCUCCAAUUUCCGGAAGGCCUACUCCUCUUUGCGACCACCAUCUCGGACAUCUUGACUCAAUUCUGCCCCGGCACCACAACCACCAUCAUGGGCGACGUAACCUAUGGCGCCUGUUGCAUUGACGACUUUACCGCACGAGCCUUGGGGUGCGACCUCUUGAUCCACUAUGCGCAUAGCUGUUUAAUACCCGUAGCUGUCACUAAAAUCGCGACGUUAUACAUAUUCGUUGCCAUAAGUAUAGACACAUCGCACCUCUUAAGCACCAUCACACGCAACUUCCCUAUUGGAAAGACAAUAGCCCUAAUAGGAACCAUCCAGUUCAACGCCACCAUCCACGGUAUCGCCCCCGAGCUACGCAAAGAAGGCUACAACGUUAUCGUUCCCCAAACUUCCCCAUUAUCAAAAGGAGAGAUCCUAGGGUGCACAUCCCCAGCGAUGUCUCUGAACCCCUCUCCAUCUACCAACCCAAAGAGGCCGUCGAAGCCGGAAGAUAUGCUGGUCCCGGACUUGUUACUGUAUUUGGGUGAUGGUCGAUUUCACCUAGAAUCUGCCAUGAUCGCUAACCCGACUCUGCCUGCAUACCGCUAUGACCCUUAUAGCCGCCGAUUGACGCAUGAGGUCUAUGAGCAUGCCUCCUUACACUCUCUUCGAAGUACGGCGAUCCGUAUAGCGCGGAAAGCGAAGACAUGGGGCAUCAUUCUUGGGUCACUCGGUCGGCAGGGGAAUCCCCACACCCUCACGCUCAUCGAGAACCACCUGCGAGCGAGAGGGCUAAAAUGGGUGAACCUACUUCUCAGCGAGAUCUUCCCGGGUAAGCUAGCAAUGAUGGAUGAUGUGGAGGCCUGGGUCCAGAUCGCCUGUCCGCGGCUGAGUAUAGACUGGGGCUAUGCGUUCGAGCGGCCGUUAUUGAGUCCUUAUGAAGCGCUUGUUGCUCUGGGGGUGAAGGAGGCGGGGUGGUUAAUUGAGGAAGAAGGAGGGACAAUAGGAGAAGUGGGAGGUGGUAAAACAAACGGAGUGUAUCCCAUGGAUUUCUACUCGAAAGAAGGACUAGGGAGAACGACGGAGGCAGGAGCGGUGUUGGAGGUUGAGAUCAAAGCGUAGUGCUGCAAUGGGGUAAGCACAUAGAGGUGUUGGGGACAUUUUCACGCAUUGAAGGACCGGCGCAUCAAAAGGG